ACGUCAUCAGCAGCGCGCGUUCCCGUCUCUAUUUUCUGGGACGAGUCGAGGUCUGCUCCUCCUCCUUCAGUGAAGCUCCUCCUCCAUCAGUGAAGCUCCUCCUCCUUCAGUUCAGCUAUAAAUGCUGGAGUAUUCUCAUCAGUCUACAAGUGAAGAUGAGCAUCAGACCAUCAGGAAGAAGUGAAAUCUGAAGGACAGUGAGAAGAUGAGUGAUCCAGAAGCCUGCAGAAUUAAAGAGGAAGAGGCUGAAGAAGAAAUAGAUCUGAUGUUGGACAAUGAGGAGAAGCUUCACCAUGACAGGAACUGUCUGACUUGCACCGAGUGUGGAAAGAGUUUCACAUGCAAAAGGAGUCUUGUGGUUCACAUGAACAUCCACACCGGAGAGAAACCGCACACAUGUGGUCAGUGUGGGAAGAGUUUCCGACAAUCAUCAUCUCUUUAUCAACACAUGAGGAUUCACAAUGGACAGAAACCGUUCGUCUGUGAUCAGUGUGGGAAGAGUUUCAGACAGUCGCCGCACCUUAAACGACACAUGAUGAUCCACACGGGUGAAAAACCGCACAAGUGUGAUCAAUGCGGCAAAACAUUUUUGAGGGGUUCAGAUCUGAGGGUCCAUUUCAGAGUUCAUACAAAGGAGAAGCCGUAUUCGUGUUCUCUGUGUGGAAAUAGUUUUACAUAUCUACAGAAUUUAAGAAAGCAUCAGAUAAUUCACACUGGUGUGAAGGAGUAUGUGUGCUUAGAGUGUAAGAAGCCUUUUUUUACAGCAGGACAUUUGAAACUGCAUCAGAGGAUUCACACCGGAGAGAAGCCGUAUGAGUGUUCACACUGUGGCAGGAGAUUCAAUCAGUCUGGACAUCUCAAAACACAUGAGAGGAUUCACACUGGUGAGAAACUGUACUAAUGACACUGGACUCGUGUGUAUUGGUUUGAUUUCCAGCUUUAGGGUUAUGGUUUCAGUAUAUGAUAGUAAUAAUUACUUACAUUUAUCUAUUGCUUUUCUGGACACUUAAAGCGCUUUACAGGUUUUUACCAGCUUAUCAGUGGAGAGGAGAUCGAGUGAUGAAGCCAAUUAUGAUAUGGGGUUGGUUAGGAGGUUAGGAUACCAGGGACGCACCCUACUUUUUUUUGAAGGACAUCUGUGAUUUUUAAUACCUACAGAGAGUCAGGACCUCGGUUAAAAAGAUGGUGCUCACUGACAUCAUAGAGUCCCCAUCACUAUACUGGGGCAUUACGUCCCACACAGACUGCGACCAUGUGAGAGCUGCUGAGAAAUGAUAUGUUCAGUUCAAAAAAACUAUUAUACUGUCAAAUAAAAAUAAAGAAACAAUCAAUCUACAGGCUAAAGUACAAAUGAAUGUAGUAUAGCAAAGAUAUUAAUAAAACGAACAGUGCUUUUCAGAUUCAAAUAUCUAACGGCAGUUUUCCGGUAAAUAAACUGACUAAUAUAAUCAAAUAUAACAUUGAAUUUACAUUCAUUUACAUUUAUUCUCUAUUAAAACAAUUGCAUCUUGAAAGUUGCAGGACAUGUCAAAUACUAAAAAAAACUAUUUGAUUGGUCAGAUUUGAUGAGAAUUUAUCAAUACAUUUUGGUGGACUAUGGACUAUGAAUGCUAAUAUUUUCUAUAUGCAUUUCUGUCAAAACCUGGAAAACAAUAACAGUGUGAAUGACUGGUCAGACACACAGCACUUAUUAUAUUAUAGUCCACUGCUCCAGGUCUGUGCACCGUGUGUGUGUGUUCAGUUCUCACUACUGUGUUUUGUGCAUUUGGAUGGGUAGAAUUGUGGCACAAUUUUCACUUUGUUACUUUCACUUUCACUUUGCAACACUUGUAUUGGGUAGCCAGAAUGCGUAUCCAUCAAACGAAACAUACAUUAGCUGAACUCUGUUUUACUGUUUGAAAUAUUUGAGACACAUUGUUAGAUUCAUUAUGAACUGUGGGUCAAUGGUAGGCCUAUGAAUUUUUUUUUUUUUUACCAGGCAGGUACUGAGUUUUGAAUGAGUUUAUUUUAAGCUCAACUACUGAUUUGCAUUAUAUGGAUAAACAAGAACUUUGUAUUCAGCUAAUAAUCUUUGAUGUUCAACUGGAGAAAAGGAUCUUGAACGUCUUGGAUUGCCUGGGGAUUAGUAAAUGAACAGCAAAUUUUGUUUUGGGUGAAUCCUUAAUGAGUGUUUAUGAGGCAAAUAGAGCCUAAACAUCAAGCAGUGACAAGAACAGUACAGAGGAAACGUGUACAUUAAAGCACAGUAAUGAAAAAUAACAUUUAUAACUGUUGCCAGAAAUUU